UAAUAUUCCGUAUAAGUAUAUAAUAUCAUUAUCACUCACCCUCCAGCAUCAAUUCCACACACACCCUGUCCCACUCUUCUUCUUCCUCUGUCCCUCAUAUUCCUUAUCACUUAAGCCUUAAUUUCCUCAAAUUCAACGCUCCCAUAGACUUAUAAUUCACAGCUUCACACAAACGCGCUCUCUCUCUGGUUCCUUCUGCAACAUCAUCUCGUCUUCGUCAUUAUGUUUCAAGCUAUUCGAGAAAUUAACAGGAAUAUUGCCGAUGAAGAAAGAGCAUCAGAAUCUACUCCUCCGACCAGAGACGAGGAGCCGGAGGGGGUUUUGUUCGGAAAAUACGAGAUUCGCAAGUUUCUCGGCGUUGGGGGUUUCGCUAAGGUUUACGAAGCUUUCGACGUUGUUACGAAGCAGAGUGUUGCCAUUAAGGUCGUGAGCAAGCGCAGGAUAGUUGAAGCCCAGCUCACGGCGCAGCUUCAGAGGGAAAUUACUAUCAUGCGCCGGCUGAAUCAUCCCCAUAUCGUCAAGCUCUACGAGGUCCUCGCCACCAAGACCAAGAUUUACUUCGUCAUGGAGUGUGCCCAAGGCGGCGAGCUCUUCGACAGACUUCUUAAUCACGGCCUCUUCGACGAAGAUCACAACCGUCGGUGUUUCCAUCAGUUAAUCUCGGCCGUCCGGCAUUGUCAUUCUCUCGGUGUGUUUCACCGGGAUUUGAAGCUCGAUAACCUCUUGCUCGACGACGAUUUGAACAUCAAGGUUUCGGACUUCGGGUUGAGCGCCACAAUGGACCAGAUCCGACCCGACGGCAUGCUGCAUACUCUCUGCGGGACCCCUGCUUACUUGACCCCCGAGAUGCUCGCCAAGAAAGGCUACGACGGAGAGAAAGUCGACGUGUGGCAGUGCGGUGUCGUUUUGUACGUGCUCACCACCGGGUCUUUGCCGUUCAACGAUGCUGACGUGCCGACGAUGCUGAGAAGAAUCUACCGAGGACGGGUUGGCAUCCCCCGAUGGGUCCAGCCCGAUUUGAAACGGUUGAUCAAGCGGUUACUUGACCCGAAUCCAAAAACGAGGAUUACCGUCGAUGAGAUUCUGCAGGACCCGUGGUUCAGAAAAGGGUACAGGGAGAUCAAAGUCGAGCAGAAGAAUUCAGGAUGGGAGGAAGACGACAGAAAUAGAACCAAGUCCUUGAACGCCUUCCAUUUGAUAUCGUUCUCGUCGGGUUUGGACAUGUCGGGUUUGUUCGUUACCGACCCGGAACCUGAAGUUUCGGGCAGCGUGGAACGCAUCGUUUCAAAGGAGACGCCGAAUAGGAUCGUGGAGACGGUGGAGGAGGCGGCCGAUCGGGACACAGUGGUGGUGACGAGGAAGGAGGACGGAUGGGGAGCGAAGCUUGAGGGGCAUAGAGGUAAUUUCGUGAUAUUGAUUGGUGUCUACCGGCUAACGGAUGAGCUGGUGGUGAUUGAGAUCAAGAAAAAGGAAAAAGAAGGCGAAAGCGGCGCCCAAUUUUGGGACGAUAAAUUGAGACCUCGAAUUUUAGAAUUAGAGCAUAAACCGGAAUAGCCGGUCAAGAAAUUAUAAGAAUUCAGAAAUAAGUGGCUUUGCUAAUUUUGUUGAAUCAGCAAAGCCUGGUAGGUAAUAGCGUGGAGGCAUGAUUAUUAAAUUAGUUAAGUCAUUGGUUUAGGCACAAUAAAUAAUAAUAAGUGCCAACUAUAUACAGUAUCAUUUAUCAGAA